AUGGUGAGGAAAGCGAGUAUCAUGAUCAUCAUAUCCACCUUGGUCAUGGUGACCUGGUCCCUCCCAGGAAGGGGUACCAACGCACAUAGUGACCAAGGCGAGGCCUCCGACCGGCUAGUGUUCGCACACUUUAUGAUCGGAAUAACGAGUGACAGGAGCAGUGCAUCUGAUUAUGACGAUGAUAUGAAGCGAGCUAGCUCGCUGGGAAUUGAUGCCUUUGCUCUGAAUAUUGGUGUCGACCCUUACACCGAUCAGCAAUUACAGUUCGCGUACGCGUCUGCCUCUCAAAAUGGAAUGAACUUAUUUCUGUCCUUCGAUUUUAAUUGGUGGCAUACGGGACAAGUACAGGAGAUCGGUCAAAAGAUUGCUCAAUAUGCCAGCCUGCCGGCUCAGUUGAUGGUAGAUAACAAGAUUUUUGUAUCCACGUUCGCCGGAGACGACUUGAAUGUCGCCGACCUUCGGGCUUCAGUUGGGAAACCAAUAUUUUUCGCGCCGAAUUUUCACCCAUCCUACGGCACAAACCUUUCGGCCGUAGACGGUCUUUUGAAUUGGAUGGCAUGGCCCAACAACGGCCAGAACAAAGCUCCCACUCCUGGACAGAAUAUCUCUGUUGCAGAUGGUGAUCACGAAUACAUCAGUGCUUUGGGUGGAAAAGCAUAUGUUGCGCCUGUAUCACCCUGGUUUUUCACUCAUUUUGGCCCCGAAGUAUCCUACAGCAAGAACUGGGUCUUUCCGUCUGACCUUCUGUGGUAUGAUCGAUGGAAUGAGAUUUUGACUCUAGGGCCUCGGUUCAUUGAAAUCGUGACGUGGAAUGACUACGGCGAAUCUCACUACAUUGGGCCUCUUCAGUCCCAACAUACUGACGAUGGGGCCUCCAAAUGGGUUAACGAUAUGCCCCAUGAUGGAUGGCUUGAUAUAUCCAAACCCUUCAUUACGGCAUUCAAAGCCGGGGCAUCCUCAGUAGCCAGCUACAUCAAAUCUGACCAGCUUGUCUACUGGUAUCGACCAGCUCCACGGAAUGUCAAUUGUGACUCGACUGACACUUGUAUGGUCCCGGCCAAUAACGACAGCGGAAACUACUUCCUUGGGCGGCCCAAUGGCUGGGAAUCCAUGGAAGACUCAGUCUUUGUUGUAUCUUUAUUGACUGUGCCGGCCUCUGUUCACGUUAACAGUGGAGGAACAGUCUAUGCCUAUGAUGCCCCUAUUGGAGUCUCCGCACAAGCAAUACCCAUGCAUGUUGGCAUUCAGAGCUUCUCUGUCAGUCGGAAUGGUCAGGAUAUUCUCUCAGGUACCAGUCUGAAGCCAAUCAUAGAUGGUUGUGUGUGCGGCCUGUACAACUUCAAUGCCUACGUUGGAACUUUGCCUACCGAGUUUAGCGAUCCCCUUCAACCUGAUGGUCUCAGCUCAUUUCGUCAGGGCCUGCGCUUUCAGCCACGAGCUGCGCAACGGGAGGCGGUGGUAGUAAUGGAACUAGUGGCGGCAACGUCUGUACUGGCGGAACGGGGCCAGGGAACUACGUUGGGCUCUGCGUCUUCUGCUGCCAAUUUGGAUAUUGUCCCCCUGGGCCUUGCAGUUGUAUUCAAUACGGAGCCUCCAUUCCAGCUCCGCCAUCUACUGGAGUUCGAGGAAUUCCUCUACCUGGAGAAGAUGACUCGUAUUUGGGUCUUUGUAUUUUUGCUUGUGAGCAUGGAUAUUGCCCCCCAACGGCCUGCACCACUGCGUGAGUGA